UUGUUUCAUUACAGCCAAUCAAAUACUAUAAAAGUGGGAUUAUACUAACUAGUUGAAUCUUUCGGACAGAACAAUACAUAUAUACAGUACACCCAAUGCAUGUACCAUGCAUGAAAUUUAAUGUGUUUACUUCCAAUAGUGUAUCAUAUAGAAAGCAAUAAGGCCAAUCAACUGAUUAAAUGAAAUCAUAGCCAUAUCAACAACAAUCAUCUGGUUUAUUUUUAUGGUCCACAAUUUGUAUUUGUUUUGAACACCAAACCCUCCAUAUAUGCCAAAAACUAAUUUUCAUUUACUGAGAUGUUGCAUAAGAUAAUGGCUUGGCUUGCCUGCUGAAUAAUUGGCUAAGCAUUAUUGAAUAACCUAUCAGGCAGGCUGUAUCUCCGCCCUGUUGCGCCCCAUAGGGUCUCUCCCCUACAAGCAGGCACGCCUCCAGUCCUCAGCGUCUGAUCACAUCUCCUAGCAACAGUUUGAUCCUGAGCUUUCCUAAAUGGCUCAGCUGUCCAAUUCCCUGGGGAGUGACACAUCUCAGCUCUGAAUAAGAAACUCCACAAAAUGAUGCUGCAGGUUGGCCGGGGAGGUCGAAGAUCUUUUUGGACCUAAUGUUGCAGAUGCCUGGAUGCUGUCCAAGAGGCACCAAAUUGAUUUCUGAGUCACCUCUACUGGCUGCUCUUAAACUCAAGGAGGAGCCACUCUAAUUUGAGGCUGCCGUGGAUGGCCAUCUCUAGAAGUAUUCCUUGGCGCCACUUCUUUCCUAGAAUCGGAGAAAAGAAGCAACAUGAAGACUUCAACAUUUUCCUUGACUUCCAUCUAUGUGAGCUGCUUGGUCCACAUGAACUUCUGCCUAACCACUUGCAAAAAAAACUUUGCACUUGAGUGGCACCUGGACCAAAUCACCAUUCAAAUGAACUGGACACUCAUGGAGAAUAUGUGUGGUAGUAUUAAAGAAUGUUGGGGUUCUGGUAGAGAUGAUUUGAAUGUACCAGUAAACCUCCCGCAGAUUUGCCCACUUCAGUUGCAGCUAGGGGACAAACUGUUGCUCGUCCCGGAUGAGACACUGAUGUCAUACGGUGUCAGGCUUCUCAACGUGUCUAAGGACAAUUUUGAGAGUUGUUCUGCGAGCGGGCUCGCAAAAGACCAGUUGAUUUUCCCUCAACACAUAAAUAGAAGCAAAGAAGUGGAUAGCAAGUGGCUCGAGCCGGGUCACCGCUACUUCAUUGGUCUGCAUGACGAUGAUACCCAGCUGUGUAGGCACGGCUUGAGGCUCAACGUGCUGGUCAAGACGCAACUUUGCCAAGCCUCCCCUCUGCUUCCAUUUUGUUCUGGAAAGGGUAUUUGUCAAACGGACAAUUUGGAAGACACGUACUCAUGCCGAUGUCAUCGCCACUACUCCGGGAGGUUUUGUGAAAAAUUUGACCCUUGUUUGGAUAAUCCUUGUAAAAACAAAGGAGUGUGUUUGAGCAACGGCUCUGCAGAACUGAACCACAGAACGUACAAAUGUCUGUGUCCUCCACAUUUUACAGGAACAACCUGCUCAGAAGUUAUCGGCAAGGAAAACUGCGACAGAGUAUGUACAAAAGGGACGUGCGUUCAAGUGUCGUCAAGCUCCUAUGCGUGCACCUGUAGUGCAGAAUUCUCAGACCUGCCUUGUGAAAGAAAAUCUAGUUGUGAUCCAAAUCCAUGCAGAAAUGGAGGCACAUGUGAGGAGACUCCCAGAGGUCUGGUCUGCCGUUGUCCUGAAAGCUUCAGGGGCCUCUACUGCGACUCUGCAUCCGCCGUUGAUCGCUUGUCAAAUGCUUGUCAGCAGAAUCAAAUUUGCAGUGCAGAGCAUGCCUCUGAAUGUGUGUGUGCAGAUGGUGAAGUGGUCCCAGCAUGCACGAGAGGGCAGCGGAACGUGUGCAACCCAUCACCGUGCCUCAAUAAUGCCACCUGUGUGUCCAGGGGACAUGAUUAUGUGUGCAGAUGUCUGCGGGGCUUUGCGGGGAAGAAUUGUGGAGAAGUAAUUGACUACUGCCGCCUGCUCAAUAUCAACUGUCUAAAUGAGGGAUUGUGUUUGAGUGUAAUUGCCGGAUAUCAGUGUAUCUGUACCCCAGGAUGGAUGGGAGAGUUUUGUCAAUACGUGAGCAAUGCCUGCCUGAUAAAACCCAACAGAUGCUUGAAUGGAGCCACAUGUAUUACAACGAGCCAGAUGUCGUCUCCUCCACAGUACAUGUGCAAAUGCCCAGAAGGAUUCACAGGAACACACUGUGAGACGGAGAUCAACGAGUGUCACUCCAAUCCCUGCCGGCACAAUGGCACAUGCUUUGACUUGGUAGGACACUAUGAAUGCCAGUGUCCCACAGGUUUUCUUGGCAAGAACUGUGAAGUGGACGUAGACGCUUGUGUGCUCAACAGCACAUGUCCACCAAAGACUCAGUGUUUGGAUCUUGCUGAUGGUUUAAAAUAUACUUGCCGUGUGCCCUGCCCCACAAGCCUUCAGCCAUGUGCCAACGAAGGGCGCUGCGUGUUGAAUAACGCCAACAGCUACACAUGCAUCUGCAGCCCCGGAUGGUCAGGCCAUAAUUGUCGCACAAAUGUCAAUGAUUGUGUUCAACAUUGGUGUCAAAAUGGCGCGACUUGUGUGGAUGAAAUUGAUGGUUAUAGCUGCCUUUGUCCUGUCGGAUUCUCUGGCUCCUUCUGUGAAAAGGACAUUGAUUACUGUGAGGACCAUAGCUGCUCUGAACAUGGGGUUUGCGUGGAUCAGCAGUUAAAAUUCACCUGCCGUUGUUCUCUCGGGUAUGAAGGAGCUCUAUGUGAAAAAGAAACUAAUGAAUGUGACACUAUCCCCUGUGCAAACGGAGCCACGUGUGAGGAUCUCUUCAGUGAUUAUCGAUGCCACUGUUCCCCAGGGUUUGAGGGAAGGAGAUGUGACGAGAAUGUGAAUGAAUGCUGGUCACAGCCUUGUCUCAAUGGUGGCUCAUGUAUGGAUCUGAUAAAUGACUACAUUUGUCAUUGUCCUCUUGGGUUCAAGGGCAAAGACUGCUCCAUAGAUAUUGACCUCUGCUCAUUUGGGAUGUGCAGUGAACAUACAGUAUUAUGCACAGAAACAAAGGAUGGGCAAAAUGUGUCUUGCUUAUGUGAAAGAGGGUUUGGAGGGUCACUGUGUGAAGUCGAUCUCAACGAGUGCGAGUCAAAGCCAUGCCAAAAUAAUGGCGUUUGUGUGGAUGGCGCCAACCAGUAUCACUGCUUCUGCUUAGAGGGGUUCAAGGGGUCGAACUGUGAAAUCAAUCAUGAUGAAUGUGUCCAUGGGUCCUGCGCCAAUAAUUCCACAUGUAUUGACUUGGUUGCAGACUAUGAGUGCCUUUGUCCGUUAGACUUUGCCGGUAAAAAUUGCUCAGUUGCUCUUUUAGAAUGUAUGGAUGAUGUUGACUACUGCAAAAACGGAGGAACCUGUUUCCACGACAGAACCGGGGAAUUACAAUGCAUUUGCCCACCAGGACACCAUGGCAGUGACUGCUCCUCAUCUAUAAACCAAUGUGUGUCCAAUCCCUGUGACCCUGAUGGAACUCUCCGCUGUGAAGGUCUUGCAAAUACCUACACCUGUGUUUGUCAACAUGGCUUCAGCGGACCACGCUGCGAAACAGCUAUCAACCACUGUGUUGAUGGCCUGUGUCAAUACGGAUCAACGUGCUUGGACCUUUGGAGAGGCUUCAAGUGUGAUUGUUUACCAGGUUUGACCGGUCGUUAUUGUGAGCUGAACAUGAAUGUUUGUGAGGGACAGCCAUGUGGUGCCUUGGGUAUUUGUAAAGACAAUCUCGGUGGCUACUCUUGUUUCUGUGCACCGGGGUUUAUUGGCAAUAACUGUGAGAUAGAAGUAAAUGAAUGCCUCAGCCAGCCUUGUGGAAAUGGUGGUUCCUGCAUUGAUGGUGUCACAUCUUUCAGCUGCCUCUGCCCUCUUGGUUUCAGAGGCAGCUACUGUGAAGUCAGCGUAGAUGAGUGUGCAUCGUCUCCCUGCCUGAACAACGCCACUUGUGUUAACCGCAUGCAUGGCUAUGGAUGCGUGUGUGCAUCUGGCUUUACAGGGACACUUUGUGAACUUCACAUUGAUGAGUGUAUUUCAUCACCCUGUAAGAAUGGAGCCACAUGCAUUGACCAGUCUGGUCAUUACUUCUGCCAGUGUCUGUCUCCUUUUAAAGGUCCAAAUUGUGACUUGUUACCCUGUGAGGCCAGCAAUCCCUGUGAGAAUGGAGCCUUGUGUGUGGAAGAGUUGGAUGAGGACCAUUACCCUUUGGGCUUCCGGUGCCGCUGUCGCAGAGGAUUCACGGGCCCUCGCUGUGAAAUCAACGUGGAUGAGUGCAGCUCAAGCCCCUGUGUCAAUGGAUUUUGCUAUGAUGUUGUAGAUGGAUUUUAUUGCCUUUGCAGUCCUGGCUAUGCCGGCCUGCAAUGUGAGAAAGACAUUGACGACUGCGUUAAAAAUCUGUGCAGUGGCAAUUCAAUAUGUAAAGAUCUCCAUCUGAGUUACGAAUGUGUAUGUCACUCUGGCUGGGAGGGCGAGUACUGCCAACAAGAAAUUGUUCAAUGUUUGUCACAGCCCUGCAAAAACAACGCUACCUGCACUGGAGUCAAUGGCUACAAGUGUAUAUGCGCACCGGGCUGGACAGGUGUGGAGUGCUCUGAGGAAGUCAAUGAGUGUGAAUCUGGACCUUGUCUAAAUGGAGCUCGGUGUCAGGAGGCACAUGUAACUGGGGAUUUCUCAUGCACCUGCCCCCCCUUUCUCAGCGGCCCAUUGUGCAACCAGCCUUAUGACCCAUGUGAUCCACUCCACAAUCCCUGCCUACACAACUCCACCUGCCUAACACGCUCCGAUGGAACGGCCGUCUGCACAUGCCCAGCUGGAUUUGAAGGAAGCCGUUGUGAAACUGACACCAAUGAGUGCAGCUCUAAUCCUUGCCAAGACCACGGCGACUGUAUGGACCUGGUCAAUGGCUACAGAUGUGUUUGCAAAAUGGGAUUUUCCGGCCUUCACUGUGAGCAAGACCUAAAUAAGUGCUCCUCACGGCCUUGCCUCAACGGUGGCACCUGUCAGGACCUACUGAACAAGUUUCACUGCAGUUGCCCUUCUGGAUAUUUCGGAACACUCUGUGACCUGAGUGGGAACGAGUGUCAAGUUUCACCUUGCCUACAGGGGGGCACCUGCAUCAACAAGCCAGGGGGGUUUGAAUGUGUCUGUCACCAUGGAUACUCAGGGGCAUGGUGUGAAGUUAACAUUGACGAGUGCAUUUUAAAGCUGUGCCAAAAUGGUGGGAGAUGUAUUGAUGAAGCCGAUCGAUAUCACUGCGUGUGCCCCGACGGCUUCCUUGGCCCCGACUGUGAGACCAACAUUGAUGAAUGCUUGUCGGCAUCUUGUUUUCAAGGGAGCUGUCAUGAUGGAAUCGCUUCCUACACGUGUCUUUGUGAGGCGGGAUGGAGCGGCAGCAGAUGUGAAACAAACAUUGAUGACUGUACUACCGAUCCCUGUUUGAAUGGAGGCUCGUGUGUUGAUCUGAUUGAUAAACAUUCACGCGUUUGUCAGGAUGGUUACACAGGAAAAGCCUGUGAGUUUGACAUUGAUGCAUGCAAAGAAUUUGCAAAAUUUUGUUCUCAAGGAAGUUCGUGCAUUGAUGGUAAAGAACUCAACUUUACUUGUAGCUGUCCAGCAGGUUUCACAGGGGAUUUAUGUGAAGUGGAAGUUGACGAAUGUGGCUCAUCUCCCUGCCACAACGAUGCCAUUUGCCAAGAUCUUAUUAAUAGCUACGUCUGCCACUGCCGGCCAGGUUGGACAGGCCUUCACUGUGAGGAUGACAUUAAUGAGUGCCUUCCACAGCCCUGCAACCAGGGGAUAUGCGUUCAGGGUGAUCCGGGCCACGGCUACACCUGUUUCUGUCGGCCUGGAUUUGUGGGGAGGAACUGUGAGCACAACUAUGAUGAUUGCCUCUUAAAUCCAUGUCCAGAAGCAUAUUCCUGUGUAGAUGGCAUCAACAAGGUCACCUGCCUCCCUCCUGCAACGGAUGCAGUUCCCUUGGAGACCGCACUCAAGAACAUCACUCGCGGCUUUACACCACAUGUGCAAAUACCAACACUCAGCCUCUCGUCGACAGCUGAGGAAUCCACAGAUUCAAACUAUGUCCAGUAUUUUGGAAAUUCUUACCUGGAAUUUGAAGGGAUUGACCUCAGCACAAUCAACAACUUAACUGUGAGAUUUCAGACUCAAGCUGACUGUGGAACGAUCAUUUAUGUGGGCCGAGGAACACAUAACGUAGAAAUGUUCAUGGAACUUUUUAUCCUAAAUGGAACUCUGCAGUACAUCUUUUCCUGCAAUGAAGAGGAUGACGUUGCGAGGAUUAAAACACAAAUUCAUGUUGAUGACGGCAAAGUGCACAUUGUCAACAUCAGACAACACCUGGCUCCUUGUGAAGCGGAAUUAACUCUUUCCGGUCAUGAGAAAAUCAGAAGUGCAACAAGUAAUUUCAGGUUGGGUCAUAAGAUACCAAGAACAAACCACAUCUUCAUAGGGGGUCUGCCACAUCACUACAGGGCCAAUCAGACUGCAAGGCCUUUCUCCAACUACAGCGGAUGCAUUGAAAUGAUUGAAUUUAAUAAAGUCAGAAGUUUGUCCAUAUCCAAUGCGAUCACCAGCUUCAAUUUAGGGACAUGCAGUGUCAACACAACCACAGCUCCCGCUCAAGCGCCAAAUGCCCAGCAUGAAAUUUGUGGUGAUGGUGUUUGCCUCAAUGGGGGGACGUGUCAUGAGCUGCAACAACCUGGCAAAGAUUCACCUUCCUGCCUCUGCCCGCUUCAUUUUACUGGAACGUUUUGUGAGAAAGAUUCCAAAGUGUACAUCCCAUCUUUUGAUGGCACAUCUUACUUGGAGGUGCAACCUCUCACAUCCAUCCUUCAGUCCUCGGACACCAGCAAUAAUGUACCGCCCCCUGUCAAGGACAGCAGCGUUAUUCUCCAUUUGACUGUGAAAACUCGAUCUACACAAGGCACCAUCCUCUACACCCAGGAGCAGAAAUUUGGUGGCAAUUUCCUUCACGUGUUCCUUCAAGAUGGAAGUCCUGUUGCUGAACUUAGAUGUGGCAGUAAACAAGUUCUCAAUGUGACCGCCAGCGAGACUAUCAACAAUAACAGAUGGAUGUCAAUGGCAGUUAGAUACAAUCUGCCCACCGGCAAACAAGCAGGGUCAUGUAUGAUUGAAAUAGCAGUGAAUAAUAGCCCGGCUCAUCGUCUCCAGGAGUCUGUGUCACUGCCCAUGUCAGAGGAAAUAUUUGGGCCUAUUUUUCUUGGGCUAGCUCCCUCCCGUUGGGAAUUGCAUGACGGGCUUGCAAAAGGAGGAUUUAUUGGAUGUAUUCGGCAACUUCAGGUCAACUCAAAGGAAAUUUUCUUGGUGGGUGAGGCCGUGAGAGGGCGGAACAUCAACAACUGUGAUCCACCUGUUUGCCAAUACCUUCCCUGUCGCAAUGGUGGGACUUGUGUGAGUGAUGCAGAGGACUGGUUCUGUGAGUGCCCACAGCUUUUCACUGGCCAGCUGUGCCAGUUUAUGACCUGUGACCGCAACCCCUGCAGUCAUGGAGCAACAUGCAUCCCAAAGUCGCCACUGGAGGCAGUGUGUCUUUGUCCUUUUGGUAGACAAGGACUACUUUGUGAUGAAGCAGUCAAUAUCACACGAACCAGAUUCAGUGGUACUGAUGAGUUCGGCUACACAUCUUUUGCGGCCUACACCAACAUUCCAAGUCUCAGCUUUUUCUAUGAGUUCCAGCUGAAGCUCACGCUGGCCAAUAACACCUCUGCUUUGAAAGACAACCUGAUCCUGUUCACUGGGCGGAAAGGACAAGGCACUGAUGGUGACGACUUCCUCGUUUUGGGCGUGCGGAAGGGUAGAAUUGUGCAUAAAUUCAAUCUUGGCUCAGGUAUAGCAACCAUCGUCUCAGAUCGACUGAACCUCCACAUGGACAUCCACACCGUCACAUUUGGAAGGACCAACAAAACCGGAUGGCUGAAGGUUGACGGACAAAGGAACAGAACGGGCUCAUCUCCAGGACCUCUGCGGGGCCUCGAUGCUGUCAAGCAACUCUUUGUAGGGGGAUAUAAUGAGUACACCCCUGACCUGCUGCCACUUGGCUCCAGGUUCCAUCAAGGCUUUCAGGGGUGCAUUUUUGAUGUCUAUUUUCGAACAAGAAGAAACAGAACAGUCCAAGUUCUGGGUCAACCAACCUUUGGGCGAAGCGUGGGUCAAUGUGGAGUCAACUUGUGUGUUCAUGUUCACUGCAGGAAUGGAGGAACAUGUGUGGACUCUGGUUCAUCCGUGUAUUGCCAGUGCCCUUUCGGAUGGAAGGGAGCGCUCUGUUCAGAGACAGUGUCGGUGUGCGAUGCGGCGCACACUCCCCCGCCUUUGUGCACGCACGGCUCCACCUGCAUCCCUCUUCCAAAUGGAUAUACCUGUCAGUGCCCCCUGGGAACAGCAGGACUCCACUGCGAGAAAGCUGUGAGCAUCAGUGAUCCAUUCUUCAGUGGGAAACAUUCCUGGAUGUCAUUCCCCCCGAUGAAAACGAGACAUAGGACUGUUUUACAAAUGCAGUUCCAAGCGUUAUCACCGGAUGGCAUCCUUUUCUACACUGCACAGCAUCUCGGGGAUAGACCUGGGGACUUCUUCUGCCUCUCUUUGAUUUCUAGCUUUGUCCAGCUGCGGUACAACCUGGGAGACGGUCCUCACAUCCUGCAGACUCUUACUAGAGUAAACCUGCAUUCUAAGAGCUGGCACACGGUGAAGGCAGGCCGCAUUGGUCAGCGGGGCUUCCUAAUUUUAGAUGGCAAUGACGUCAGACACAAUGUAACCCAGGGGAUGAGCACACUGGAUGUUGCCACUGACAUCUUUGUCGGCGGCGUCUCAUCUAUGAGUUCCGUGUCUACGGACGCGGUCGAAGGAGAGCCAGCGGGCUUCACUGGCAGCAUCAGAGAAGUGGUUCUAAACGGACUUGAGUUGGAGUUGACGGAAAAAGGGGCUCUUGGUGGCGCAAAUGUCGGGGAUUGGGAUGGGAGCGCCUGUGGGUAUAAGGUGUGCCACAAUGGGGGCCAAUGCAGGGUAACAGGAAGUGACUCCUUCACGUGUGACUGCCCGGCAUCAUCGACCGGCCCAACUUGUUAUUGGUCUCUAAGCUGUGUUAAUAAUAUUUGUAAACAUGGUUCCAUAUGCUCUCCUGUUGGUCCGACAUCAUACACCUGCAUUUGCCCCCUCGGGUGGGGAGGAAAGUAUUGCACCAGAGAGGUAGCAACAGACACUUUAAAGUUUGUGGGACACUCGUAUGUGAAAUACAUUGAUGUGAAAUACAACAGAAGGGAUUUAAGAUCCAUUCAAGUUUCUUUUAUCUUCCUCACCAACACAAGUGACGGUUUAAUCAUGUGGAUGGGCAAGGGGGGUCAUGAUGAUGACUUCCUAGCAGUGGGACUGGAGAGGGGAGGCCUAAAAGUUGUACUUAAUCUCGGGGAGAGAAUUUCCCUCCCGGUGACUUUGAAAAGUCAGACACUUUGCUGCAAUAAAUGGCACCAUGUGUCCAUUUUAGUUCACAAUUGUGUCGUUCAAGUGCAUUUGAACAACAAGAGAGUCAUCCUGGAGGAUGUGGAUCCAAUUGGGAGAUACAUAGCUUUGAAUUACUGGGGGCAGCUUUACUUUGGGGGAUUUGAAAUGAACACAAACGUAUCCGUCGUGACAUCUGGGCUGUUUUCGGGGGGGUUUGAGGGAAAUCUCAGAAAUGUUUAUUUGUUUAAUGAACCUCUUCUGUUUUCAAAAAGCAACGAGGGCUUUAAUGUUGGUAAUGGAACUGAAUAAAUAAGGGGGGAUUUUUGGUGAGAGUUCAACACUAGAUUUUGACUAAUUUUGAGUUCUCUAGAAGAUAGAGCAUUUGAAGGAGUGUGCAUUUUGUGCUCUUAUAAGAUAUUACAUCAAAGAAAAGGGAAGGACGGUAAAGAGGAAAACGUAUUAUAAAAAUAUUCAUCCUGGCUGCUCAUUAUACUCGGAGCAAAAUGGUUAAUGAAGUAUCAGGCAAUUACAUACACAAAUUUGUGCUAAUCAGGUGCUGAAAUUAAGUACAUGUCAGAUAAUGCAAAAUGGUUCAUGAAAAUCCUUGUCCACCAACAAACAUACACAACAGCUGUCAUAUAUAUGUAUAU